AUGGCUGCAUGGAAGGCGAUGAAUGACGAAAAACUGCUUUGCUGGAGCGGGUUGCAAGCUGAGGCCAGCCCAAGGCUGCGCAGGCUCGGUUUCGCAGUGAGAUGGCGGCAGACGAAAGGAGUCUGCGGGACGACACGCAUCCUAGAGCCCGCUCGUCGUCGGAUGGGAUUGGCCAGCGCCACUGAGAGGCUAUCCCGAUUAUCGAUAGCAUUUUUCCCCAUCGUGCUGAUCCUCCGACAACAUCGUGUCAGGGGCACCAAAAACCAAUUCGUGAAGCGAGCUGGAGUGCAACGUGGUGUGGUGCGUAUCGUGGCUCUCAUGACGGGCUCACGGUUGUUCCUGUUCCUGGCGGCGUCCACGUCGCUCGCGGCCCGCCGGGAGGUCGAGCAGCAAAAAGCAGAGCAUCGUACAGAGCACUCCAGGAGGCAGGUCGAGCGUCACCAUGUCCCUGGUCCACAAUGGGUACCUGCACCUGUGGUGUGUGCGCAGACGAACAGCGGGCCAACUGCCUAUCAUGGUCGGUGCGCCAUGUUUCCAACGGCGGGGUGA